ACUUUGCGCUCAUGACAUCCAUGUGUUGACGUUUUUUACUUUAAAGCAGACAGAGGAAGCAAUGUCGGGGAAAGAGUGGUCCUUUUCCAAGUAAAGAAAUAGAGCUGAAACUGCUAGCCUUGUUUGUGAAAGACGGAACAACUCACUAUAGCCAUGCGUGCAUCGACCUCCAAAACGGCAGACGAGCCAGUCAAUUCAGGCGAACUUCAUGAUAUCCUUGAAAUUGGAAGGAAGUUUGACUCGAUGGAAGAUGUGGAGCAAGCCCUUAAAGACUUUGAAGCGGCGACCUUGGCACAGUUCAUCAAGAGAGAUUCUAGGACGAUUGAGAGCUCGAGGAGAAGACUUCCAAGUCGGCCGUUGAAAGACAGCCUUAAGUAUUAUGCGGUCACCUUCAGUUGCGUCCAUCAGGGUCAGCCUUGCAUGGUUUCCAAGGGACGCAAACGGAAAAGGAAAUCACAGAGAAUCGGGUGUCCUGCACUGAUUCGUUUUUCAGUAACUCCCGAUGGCCAACAACUCUCUGUAGUAGAAAUCAACAUAGAACACAACCACCAGCUUGGUGAGGAAAGCCCUCAUAAAAGGCAGCUGAGUGCUGAUGAAGUAGAGGCGUCAUGCAGCGGUGUGAAGAAGAAAGGGAGAAAAGAGGCCCAGAGUAGUUCAGAGGACGGAACAGAACAGGACAAUUCCGAAGCUUCAAUUCAAUCAAAGACAGAAUACAUCAACAAAGUCAGAUCAAUAAUUGCUCAACUAUCGCCCCGUGGAGAUUUUCCCGGAGUUCUGGAAAGCGAAUAUGUAGACGACGGAACGGUCUCGAGUAUUUACUUCCAAGAUCCAGAGAUGAAACGAGUCUACGCCGCCUAUCCAGAGUUUCUUAUUAUUGACACCUCCUGCACGCCUGAGUUUUUCAAUAUGCCCAUGUACAUUUACGUCUUGUUAGCUGAGGACAGUAACGGAGACAGGGAAAUUGUCGCUUUCUUCCUCGUCAGACGGCACGAUCGCAACAUCCUUCAAGCUAUGAUGGAUAAGUUCAAGUUACUCAACCCAGCAUGGAAUGACACGCAUGUCUUGAUGGUUGACCCAGACUUUGCAGAACGGAAACUCUUGCAGCACGAGUUUAUGUUCGCUGCGGUGCAAUUUGGUCAUAAUCAGGUGAUCCAGAAAUUCAAACAGGAACUGAGAAAGACAGAGAUGGAGUUAACUCGCGGGCAGAGACUGUUUUGCAUGAGGCUCUUCAGGAAACUAGAAGCUUCUCUUUCCGAACUUGAAUACGACAAGUUGUAUCAACAACUUGUAAAUUCAGGUUUGGAAACCGUGAUUGAGUAUUACAAUGCAAAGUGGCAUAACAACCGUGAAGAAUGGGUGGUAGGUUUCAAGCUCAGAGACUUAUAUAUUAAAGGAGCAACUCCAGACAACCUCAAACCCGUAACUGAGAUGCUGACAGAUAUCUCAGAGAAUAUGUCAUCCCCAGAGGAAGUAGUUAGUAACUUACAGGAGUUGGUCGGGCUACUCAGGGAAAAGCGUGACCACAAAGCAUCGACAAUACUCGACAAGAUUCAAAACCCGCCAACAGACUCUACGCUAAGGGAAUAUCAGGAGUACACAACACCCCACGCCAUGAGGCACAUUAAGAAGCAGCUAAAGCAGAGUUGGAAAGUCAAAGUCGUGGCCGACAUCAAUCAACAGUCUUCUUGGAAGGCGGUCUCCAAAUAUGAAAGCUACGAUGUCACGGUGAAUUCCUGUCCAUGCCAGCUCUUUGAGUGUCUUUAUCUGCCUUGCAGUCAUAUCUUUGCCGUCCGUCGCUUUAAAGGCCUCCCCCUGUUUUUGAAGGAGGUGGUCGGGUCAAGAUGGACCAUGGAGCAUUAUAAGUCCUCCUGUCGACUUGUCCCCCAAGUUUCUCGCCCAUUUCCAGGGAAAUGCGUCCGAACAAUCAGACCCCACCUUCUAUCACACCAAGAGAAAUACCAGCGGGUAGAUCGAAUCACUAAUGAGCUGGCAUUGAUUAUAUGCGACGCACCACCAGACAAGUUCGAUAAUGAAGUUGAAACUGUCAAGAAGCUGUUGUCCAUCCUUCAAAACGGUUCAACAGCGAGGCUAACUGAGAUACCCGAAACACCUUGACUAGGUUUGUGGGGAGUUUGGUCAUUGGGGCCCAUUUUCAUAGAGCUAGCUGCUUAAGCAGGAAGUAUUGCUGAACAGUUUUCUGCUAAGCAAAAAUGAGCAGAAUACCAGUCACAAAUUGUACAUAUAACUUUGUAGUUUGGCUAAUAACCUUAAUCUGGUUAGCAAAAUGUUGAUGUGCUUAGCUAAUCUUUGUGCUUAGGGCCCAAUUUCAUAAAAACUUGCUAAGCACAACAAAUCUUGCUUACUAACUGGUUGCCAGACAGAAUUCCAUAAUGUCUUAUUUGUUGACUGGUGCUCCAAUCUUGUUUUGCUCAGCAAAGAAAUUUGCUCAGCAGUAUUUUCUGCUUAACAGCUUUAUGAAAUUGGGAAGUGAUUGGCUAGUUCAGAGUGACAAUCUGAUGUCUCACAGACGAAACAAACUCUGUAUAAAACACAGACAAGUUUGCUCAGACCGAAAAAACUAAUAUCGAAAGGUAAAUAAACAAAUUUUCUUCUUUAGCCUUGUAAGCCCAGACCCUAGGGCACUGUCCAAAUGAUAGAAAUGACAAAAUAAAAAAAGGACAUGGCACAAAAUUAACAUGUUUCUCGUCUGGAGUCGUUGAAAGAAAAGGAAGGAAGUGGUCCUUUUUGAUAGUUAUUUUCCAUGUUAUAGUUUUUUUUUUUUUUUUUUCCAAGUUUUUUUAUUUCCUCGCCCUAGUUUUCACCAAAUUGAUCUGUACAUACAUGUCUAAUUGAUCUGAUUAUGCUGUAUUUUUUAUUUGUCAAAUAAAACAGAAAGUUAUGUUUUAGUCGAUAAUUACCCUCAAAUAUAGCGAUUUACAGAAAAAAGGGGAUGGAAAUGAUGAUUUAGUUGGAAAAUAUAUUCUUUUCAAAUAAAUUCCAAUAAUAAAAGGAGGUUUUAUCAAAAAAUGAAGGCAGGUGGAAUGAGAAUAUAUUAAAUGUUGUUAUACACCCCCGACUAUAAAGUGUAGAAAACAAAACUUGUUUUAGCUCAUAAAUCUGCCUGGCAAGUACUACUUUUUCUUUUUUUUUACAAUACAUCAUGGGUUAAAAGAAGUAAUAUCGCCCAAGCUUAGCAAGUAGACAUACAUGUAUGUAUGUAUAUUGAUACCAUACCAUGCAAUGCCUCAAAUCCCUUAUUAAUAUUUCUGUCCACCUAUUCUCCUUUAGUUAAAUUGUUUAUGUUUGUGGUCUGUUCCUUUUGUUUUUGCUGUAAACUCUGUCAGUUGGUUUUUGUCAGUGGGCGUUUAAAUAUAAGCCUCCUUUUAUGGCUUCUUAAAGUUCCUCCAUAUUGGUUUGCUCUUGAUCUAUUUCAUUUUUCGUUUUUUUUCAAUCAUUUUUUGAUCGUCUUUGAUUUAAAUAGUUAUUAUAAAUUUAUUUAUUUUUCUUUAUCUUUAACCAAUAAGAAACCAAAUUAAAAAACAAAUUAUGUUAAAUUAAAAAACAAAAACAACAACAGUUUUGCAGUAUGACCAUGUAUAUUAAGAUUUGAAGCUAUUUUCAAGUGUUCUUUUCAAAUUGUUAAUUUGUUCGUAAAUUGUGCUCAAUCGUUUACCUCUGUUAAACACCUCGGUACCCUGUUUUUGGUUAAGGAUUUUAUAUAAAAAGGCUUUAAAAGCUGUGUUAUUACUAUUACUAUGGGAGAAUAUAAUUAACUAAGGUAAUCAGUAACACCAUGUAAUAAUCUAUGUAUUUAGUUGUGAUGGUCCUGAACAAAAUCCUGUGGCUUAAAGACACCACUAUUGGUAAUUGCCAAAGACUAGCCUUCACAGUUGGUGUAUCUCAACAUUUGCAACAAACCUGUUAAAA